UACUUUCCCCUACUUCUUCCUCAACCCCCCACCACACACACACACACACAAAAAAAAAAAAAAACAUCCAUCUGUCUGUAUUAAAGAAACCCCAAUUUAGAUCUGAUUUGUAUUCAAUCAAUAUUAAUUUCCGGCAGUUUUCAGUUUUCUCAGUCGCCGUGAAAUUAACAAAAAAAAUGUCAGGGGUGAAAAGUGUAAUUUGGGUAUACUUGAUGGGCCUGUUUUGGAUGAGUUUAGAAGUGCAGGGGCUGGGGGUAAACUGGGGAACUAUGGCGACUCAUAAGAUGGAUCCGAAAACGGUGGUGCAGAUGAUGAAAGAUAACGGGAUAAAUAAAGUGAAGCUGUUUGAAGCCGAGCCGUCGACUAUGAGCGCGCUAGCCGGCUCCGGGAUUGAAGUUAUGAUUGCUAUACCGAAUGAUAUGCUACUGGAUAUGAAUGAUUAUAGCCGAGCUAAGAAGUUUGUUCAACGGAAUAUUACUCGGUAUAAUUUUAACGGCGGUGUUGAUAUCAAAUAUGUUGCUGUUGGCAAUGAGCCAUUUCUUAAAACAUAUAAUGGGUCAUUUUCCAAAACAACCUUCCCAGCACUCCAAAAUAUCCAAAAUGCCAUUAAUGAGGCCGGGUAUGGCGACAAGAUCAAAGCAACAGUACCCUCAAACGCGGAUGUUUACGGUUCCCCAGACGACAACCCGGUCCCAUCCGCGGGCCGCUUCCGGCCCGACAUAAACGACCAAAUGGUCGAGAUGGUCCAGUUCCUAGCCAAAAAUAACGCACCCUUCACCGUUAACAUAUACCCCUUCUUAAGUCUUUACGGAAACGAACACUUCCCGGUCGAUUUCGCCUUCUUUGACGGUGCACCACAACCCGUGGUCGAUAACGGGAUACAAUACACCAACGUGUUCGACGCCAAUUACGACACGUUAGUGUCGGCGUUAAAGGCGGCAGGUCACGCUGACAUGCCGAUUAUUGUCGGGGAGGUCGGGUGGCCGACUGACGGUGAUAAAAACGCCAAUAUUAAUAUGGCGUAUCGGUUCUAUAACGGGCUUUUACCCCGCCUCGCCGCCAACAAAGGGACCCCGCUUCGGCCCGGGGCAAUAGAAGUUUACCUUUUCGGGCUCAUUGAUGAGGAUGCAAAAAGCAUCGCCCCGGGCAGCUUCGAACGGCAUUGGGGUAUUUUUAGAUACGACGGGCAGCCCAAGUUUGGGAUGGAUAUUUCGGGUCGGGGGCAAAACUCUCUUUUGGUACCGGCCCAGAACGUGCGUUAUUUAGAGAAACAGUGGUGCGAGUUUAACCCGGAUGCAAAAGAUUUGAGCAAACUUGGGGAAAACAUUAACUACGCUUGUACUUUUGCUGAUUGUACACCGCUCGGGUAUGGUUCUUCGUGUAACGGGUUGGAUGCAAAUGCGAAUGCUUCGUACGCGUUUAAUGCGUAUUUUCAGGCGCAAAAUCAAAACGAAGCGGCGUGUAUGUUUCAAGGUUUGGCUAGGAUCACGACGGAUAAUAUCUCGACCCCGACUUGCAGUUUUAAUAUCCAGAUAGUCGGGACAUACUCGUCGUCGGCUUCGCGUGCAUCGGUUUACCUUUUCGUAUACGCGAUGAUUGUUGUGGUUUUCUUGUUAUAGAAUUUAUUUUUCGUGUGGAUACAUAAAUUAUUUCUCAAUUUCAUUGUCGGUUUACGGAUCGACGAUUUUGUGACAUAAAACUGUUGUUAUAACGAAUGACGGUUUCAUUGUUGUUAAAUUGACGAUUUAGGGCAUUA